AUGAAGAAGCUGCUUCUGCUCCUCUGGGCAGUUGAUGCGCUCUGUCUAAUCUAUGAUGAUGCGGAGGACACUUGCACGUACCUGAAGCUGGAGUAUUUAAGAGUGCAGAUCGGGGCCACCCAGCGCUCCAAACCUGGACCAGAUGCCCAGAACCGUAUCAUCAAGAGGCUGGUGGACCACAAAAAUUACAACCAGGACAAGCACUGGAAUAACAUCGCCUUGAUAGAGCUGGACAAACCCGUGGUUUGCAAUGAUUAUGUCCAGCCCGCCUGCUUGCCGGAGGGAAGCCUGGACGUAGACUCGCUCAGGCACUGCUAUAUCUGCGGCUGGGGCAUCACAAAGGAUAAGAAGUGGGCUGAAUAUUCGGAUAUCCUGCAAGAGACCGAAGUGUCGCUGAUAGCCAAGGAUGCGUGCAACAAUUCUGAGCAGUAUUCCACACUCAUCCGAGAGGAACACCUGUGUGCCACCUCUGACGAUCCCACCAAGGUCAGCUGCAAGGGCGACGGCGGUGGCCCCCUGAUGUGCAGGGAGUCCCAUACCGAGCGCUACUGGCUGAUCGGUCUCAACAGCUGGGGCAAGGGCUGCUCCGACGUCAAAACGCCAGGAGUCUUCACUGCCACCCAGUUCUUCUUCAGCUGGAUCAAGGAGAUGUUGGCCAACCCGCCCGUCUCUGGUCUUACUCCUCCAUUCAAACCAACCACCCCCCGCACCCCCAGCCCUCCACCCCCCAGCCGCUUCACGGGAGUCUAUUACCUCGACCCCAUUUACAAAAAGGUCAACGGGAUGCUAAUUGGGGACCUUCCGCACUGGCGUGCGGUGAUUGGUGCAUGGAAGCUUUCCUCUCUCGGCUCCGAGGUCCACGUGCGCUACAUCAAGCGGAUAGUCAUCCACGAGGACUACCAGAGGAGCACGGAGACCAGUGACAUCGCUCUGAUGGAGCUGGACCAGCCGGUGAAAUGCAGCGACUACAUCCAGCCGGCGUGCCUGCCGGAUAUGACGGUCACCGUCUCUCUCCUCAACCACUGCUACAUCAGCGGCUGGGGCAUCCUGGGAAAAGCUGUUCAUACAACAUAUCAGGUCUUGUCACCUUCAUCUUCCCCUCAGGCCAAAGUCUUGCCUGUAUCCACAGUUCAAGCCAAGGCCACUCCUCUACUUCACAUUGAAAUAAUAUCUGAGCCUGUAUCCAAGUCUCCACCUCAAUCUCCAUCGAAGGCUAAAGUCACAUCUCUACUUGCAUCUAUAGUUCAAUCUGCACACCAAACAUCACCUCAACCUUCAUUUUCAACUUCACCCAAGACUGAAACCUCAAGCCAUACAACAUCUCAGACUCUGCCAUCUUCAUCUUCCCCUUACGCCAAAGUCCUACCUGAAUCCUCAGCUCAACCUGAGACCACUCCGGUACUUCAAAUUGAAAUUGUAUCUGAGCUGACAUCCAAAACUUCAACUCAACUUCCAACAACAUUGAAGACUGAAGUCACAUCUCCACUUGCAUCUAAUAUUCAAUCCACGCUCCAAAUGUCACCUCAACCUUCAUCUCCAACUUCACCCAAGACUGAAACCUCAAGCCAUACAACAUCUCAGACUCUGUCAUCUUCAUCUUCCCCUCACGCCAAAGUCCUACCUGAAUCCUCAGCUUACCCUGAGACCACUCCGGUACUUCAAAAUGAAAUUGUAUCUGAGCUGACAUCCAAAACUCCAACUCAACCUCCAUCUACAUUGAAGACUGAAGACACAUCUCCACUUGCAUCUAUCACUCAAUCUGCAAACCAAACAUCACCUCAACCUUCAUCUCCAACUUCACCCAAGACUGAGACCUCAAGUCAGGCAACAUCUCAGACCCUGUCAUUGUCAUCUUCUCCUCAUGACGAAGUCCUACAUGAAUCCACAGUUCAACCUGAAACUACUCCUCUGCUUGAAAUUGAAAUCGUAUCUGAGCUGGCAUCCAAAACUCCAACUCAACCUCCAUCUACAUUGAAGCCCGAAGGCACAUCUUCAUUCACACAUGUCAUUCAAUCCACUCUCCACACCGAACCUCAACACACAACCGAACCUCUUCCCAAGCCUGAAAUUCCAACAGAAGUUGGCUCCACAUCUGAAACUGAAUCCCAGCCUUCUCCUGAAACAAAUCCAGAACUUGAAGCUCCACAUGAGUCUAUAACCACAUCUCAACCUACAUCCAAAGCUCCAUCUCAACCAUCUCCUCAAACAGAGUCUGAACCAGAACUUGAAGCUACAACUCAGCCUGUGACUACAUCUCAAACUACAUCAGAAGCCCCAACUCACUCCGAGACCCAAUCUUCUCCUCAAACCACAUCUCAACCAGAUUCUGAAACCACAGCACAGGAUGUAACUGUACUCCAAAUUACAUUGGAUGCCCCAACUGACUCCGAGACCCAACCUUCUCCUCAAACCACGUCAGAACCGGAAUCUGACACUGCAGCGGAUCUUGUAGUCGUACUUCAAUCUACAUCAGAAGCCCCAACUCACUCUGAGACCCUUCACACAGAACCCAAACUGCAGCCUGAAAUGCCCCUUCUAACCACAACACUCAUACCUGCAACCUCACCACCCACGUCUCCAUCCUCACCAGAAACCACACUUCAACAUGAAACCUCCAGGCAACCUCACCACAAAGUUCAUCCGAACCACCAAAACCCCGAAGCCCCAUCCCCCCUUACCACUAAGCAUAAAAUCGUACCCAUCAUUGAAAUCUCCCAAACUGACGACAUCGUGCUAAGGUUCUUGAGAGUGAUUCAGAGGUUCUUGCACAUCAUUAGGAAGUUGAAAGACGCUGUGUGGGUCUGGCCCGAUUUGUCAAACCUGAAACUCGUCAAGGAGAGCGAUGUGGCUUCUCCCGAGGAGGAGUCGGAAAGCCCACUGGAGGAUGACCUGCCUGGUGAGUCCUGGUAA